AUGUCCCGCGGUUCUGCUCGCGCUGCCUACCAAAGAACAACAGCCAUAGGUCAACAUAUGAUGUCGACAACAACUACUGACGAACCGACUGUUCUGUUCGAGUCCAAUUCUUCCCUUCGAACGUACAUUCUCAACAGGCCAAAGAAGCUCAAUGCCCUCGACGACACGAUGCUGUCUGCUCUUAGACCCAAGAUCGAGGAAUGGAGUUCCUCCGACCUUUGCGGUACAAUCGUUGCACGCGGGAAUGGUCGUGCUUUUUGCAUCGGAGGUGAUGUAGGAAGUGUUGCCAAUAACGCGGCAGAUCCAGCGACCCGUUCACUUGCAACCGAAUUUUUCAAACGCGAGUUCGAAUUGGACUUCAUUCUUGCAGCGCUCAAGAAACCGUACAUUGCCAUCAUGGAUGGCAUGACUAUGGGAGGUGGGGUCGGGUUGGCGGCUAAUGCCCCAUUUCGUAUCGCUACCGAAAAGACUGUCUACGCCAUGCCUGAAACAAAAAUAGGCUACUGCCCAGAUGUUGGAGGUAGUUAUUUCUUGUCGAGGUUGGAUGGCGAAAUUGGGACAUAUCUCGCGCUUACUUCCGACACCAUAUCCGGAAGAGCCGUGUUCGAACACGGCCUCGCUACACACUAUAUUCCGUCGAGAAGGAUCCCUAUGCUCCUUGACAGACUUGCUGAGCUAAACCAGCCACACUCUAGCCUGGUGGAUCGUAUUAUUGAAGAUCUUUCCGCGGAACGCGAACCCACAGAAACUCCUGCGCCUUUCACAGGUGCAAAGCGAGUCGCGCUGGAUUAUGCUUUUCGCCAUAACAAAGUCGAAUCCAUCAUUAAUGAUUUGGAGAUUUUUGCCGCUAGUGAUAAUGCAGAGGUAGCGAAAUGGGCUUCGGACACGUUGGUCAUGCUACACCAACGUAGUCCUACUAGUCUCAAAGUUGCACUUCAAGCCAUUCGCCGAGGGUCCAACUUAUCCCUUCUUCAAUCACUGGAGAUGGAACUCAAGAUUGCCACAGCCUUUUGCCAUGGUGCAAGUCCCGAUUUUAAAACAGGUGUUGAUGCAGUCAUUUUCAAGGCCAAGAAAGCCCAUGAACGUCCCGAGUGGUCCCCACCGACCCUCCAAGAGGUCACUCCCGCAAUCGUCAACCGAUUUUUUGACCCGAAAUCGCCUUUCCUGACGUCGGCACCGUCCCUCGACCUCCCGGCGGAACUGACAUCAGGCACCAUUUCAAACCCACUGAAAUAUGCCUUGCCCACAGAAAAAGAGAUUGGGUCUGUGGUUACAGGUUCUCACGCGUCGGGCGGAGGACUAGGCCUUCGAUUCGAUGAGUUGCUGGACAGAUUUGCGGAGCUGCGACCGGGCAAGAUGGGAGUCAAGGAAAAACUGCUCGAAGUUGUGCAGCGAAGGUGUGUGCUAACCGACAACGCGGAUGGCAAUCAAGUAUGGUUAAAGUGGAAACACUGA